AUUAGGUUUUUUUUUGCAGUAAGAUUGAGAGAGAUGGCCGAAGCGAAGGCAGCAGUGAUCCCUGAAUCAGUCCUCAAGAAGAGAAAGAGAGCCGAAGAAUGGGAGCUCGCGAAGAAGCAAGAGGUCGAAGCAAAGAAGAAGGAGGAUCGAGAUAAUCGCAAGCUCAUCUUCAGCAGAGCUCUUCAGUAUUCUAAGGAGUACGAGACCCAGGAGAAGGAUCUGAUCAGGCUGAAGAGAGAGGCUAGAAUGAAGGGUGGGUUUUAUGUUAGUCCUGAAGAGAAGCUUCUUUUCAUCGUUAGGAUUCGAGGUAUCAAUGCCAUGGACCCAAAAUCUCGGAAAAUUUUGCAGCUUCUGCGUCUGAGACAGAUAUUUAAUGGAGUGUUUUUGAAAGUUAACAAGGCCACAAUGAAUAUGCUGCACAGAGUUGAGCCUUAUGUGACCUAUGGGUAUCCCAACCUUAAGAGUGUUAGAGAGUUGAUCUACAAGAGAGGAUAUGGGAAACUCGACAAACAAAGAGUUCCAUUGACUGAAAAUACCAUUAUUGAACAGGCUCUUGGGAAAUUUGGGAUUAUCUGUAUUGAAGACCUUAUCCAUGAGAUCAUGACUGUGGGGCCACACUUUAAGGAGGCAAACAACUUCCUAUGGCCUUUCAAGCUCAAGGCACCAUUGGGGGGCCUGAAGAAGAAAAGGAAUCAUUAUGUUGAGGGUGGAGAUGCUGGCAACCGAGAAAACUUCAUCAAUGAGUUGAUUAGGAGGAUGAAUUAAGCUUCAUCUCGAGGUUCCUUGUCCUUUUUAUUGAUGUCAGAUUUUUUUCAAGUUGAAUGUGUUUCUUGCAUUUGAGAAUUUUGCCAAGUUGUAGCCGGGAAACUUAAAAAGUAUUUUGUCAAUUUUGCUGUGAGUUUAGAGAUGGACCUGUUCCCAAUGUUUAUUCUGGCGUUUAUAUUAGAUCUGGGAUUGAAGGCGCUAACACAUUUAUCUUUACUCUUAUUUUUGUUA